AUGCUUGUGGAACACUGCCGCAAAGCAUCACAGUUUUUCAUCAAACUCAACGGUGCGCGGCCGCUGCUCCAAUAUCGACGCUUGCGGAAUAACAUCCUGGAGUUAACGCAUACUGAAGUACCGCCUGAUUUGCGUGUUGUCAUGCUUGUGGAACACUGCCGCAAAGCAUCACAGUUUUUCAUCAAACUCAAUGGUGCGCGGCCGCUGCUCCAAUAUCGACGUUUGCGGAAUAACAUCCUGGAGUUAACGCAUACUGAAGUACCGCCUGAUUUGCGUGGUAAGGGUUUUGGUAGGCAGCUUUGCAAGGAGGUAUUCAAAUUUGCAAAAGAGGAAAAUCUGAAGAUUGUGCCGACAUGUUCCUACUGUCGCAGAUACGCAAACGAAUGGGCGACGCCCGAAGAGCGAGAACUCGUCGUUAAAAGUGUUCAGUGCUAA